AUGGCCGACGAGUCUAAUCCUAUGGUCGUGUUUGCCACCGUGGCCGCCAUCAUCUCCACAUUCGUGAUCUUCUACUACGUUCAGAAGUCCAAGAACACAAAUACUCCUGUUUUGUCUCCUGAGGAGUUCAGAAAAUUCCCCUUGAUUGCUAAGACUAGAGUGUCUCACAACUCGUGCGUCUACAAGUUCGGUUUGCCCAAGUCUACUGACAGAUUGGGCUUGCCUAUUGGACAGCAUGUGUCUAUCUCCGCUGUCAUUGAUGGUAAGGAGGUUGUGCGUUCAUACACCCCUAUCUCCAACGAUGAGCAAUUGGGCUCUUUUGACUUGUUGAUUAAGACUUACGACAAUGGUAACAUUUCUAGAUAUGUCGAGUCCAAGAAGAUCGGAGAGACUGUUGAAUUCAGAGGUCCAAAGGGCUUUUUCACUUACACUCCUAACAUGGUCGAGUCUUUCGGUAUGGUUGCUGGUGGUACUGGUAUUGCCCCAAUGUACCAGGUUUUCACUGCUGUCUUGGACAACCCAGAGGACAAGACCAAGAUCCACUUGCUCUACGCCAACGUUUCCGAGAACGACAUCUUGUUGAGAGCCGAGCUCGAGCAAUUGGAGAAGAAACACCCCGACCAAUUCAAGGUUCACUAUGUUUUGAACAGCCCUCCCGAGAACUGGACCGGCUCUGUUGGCUUCAUCACUCCUGAGAUCAUGGAGACUCACUUGCCAAAGAACACCGACAACACCAACUUGUUGAUCUGUGGCCCUCCACCAAUGGUUUCUGCCAUCAAGAAGGCUGCUCAGACCCUUGGAUACCCUAAGGCCAAGCCCGUCAGUAAAUUGGGAGACCAGGUUUUUGUCUUCUAG